AUGCGUCUUCCAAUUCUCUUGCUGAUUCUUGCUGUCAUGGCCACUGCCACCAUCUACUGGAAGCAUCCAGUUAAAGAUGCGAGGCAACAAGCCGAGUAUCAGUUACAAUAUCUCAUACACGCACUCAACAUGAAGGAUAUCGAGUUGUUCAAGACACUUGCCUAUGAUGUUAUUCAGGCGCAACCUAUCAUCAAGUUGUACGCUACUGGAAAUACUGGAUAUGUUAUGUCUGCGAGUAAUAUCAUCGGAGACAGACAUCUCGUCGCUACCGGAAAUUUGGAAGGAACUGAUAUCAAGUUCUAUUUUAGCUGGGAGAAGGUAAGAGUAGACAGCAGAAGUCUUUGGCUAACUAAGGUACCGUAA